AUGUCCUCUCUCAAAAAGCAGGAAGAAACUCUUUCCUCAUCCGAUGAAGAAAAGCUCUUGAAAGCCUUUCGUGAAUACUCUGCAACUGUUUCCAUCGAUACAAUCGAUGGCCCAGUGGAGGUGAUCAAAAACGAAUAUGCCAACAUGGUGAACAAAGUGGCACAUGAGGGAGAGCUCAUGCUACAAAUAUUACCAUAUUAUUCGGGCUUGUUUGAUUACUUGCCAUCUAGUUUGAAACAGGAUAAUGAGUUUAGGAUGGGAGCUGUUAAGAUUUCCACUAGUUAUGCUCGAAAUUUUUAUCAGAUUGAUAAUGUGGAUAUUUGUAAAUAUGUGUUGGAUCAUACGAAAAGAAAAAGAUGGGACACUAGAAAUGUAUUGAUGAGUUUUUCAAAAACAGUGUUGGAGAAUGAGGAUAUUUCAAAGAAAUUGGCAAAGAAGUUUCCAAUGUUCAUUAAUCUUUGUCCAAAAUUGUGUCGUGAUGUAAAAUUAGUCAAGAUUGCAAUUGAGAAUGAUGGAAGGGCUAUUCGACAUGCUUCGAGGGAAUUGUUGAGAAAUAUUAACAAUAGGCAUUUGAUUUUGACAGCUGUCAAGAAUUCAAGAAAGAGUCUUUAUUACGUUUUGGAUUGUAUUGACAGAUCAUUUGCAAAACAUCCAAUCCUCAGUAAUGCUGCAUUCAUGAAUUUCAAAAAGAGAUGGUUAUGUCACAUAAUACCAGCUAGCAUUGAGGUUGAAAUGAGAAAAUUAUUCAGAGAAGAAUAUUCACAAGCUGUGAAAAGCAAAGGAAAUUCAUAUAAGGAUCCAUUGACACAUGGAAAGAGUGGAAAAGCACUUCCAAAGGAAUAUUUCGAACAAGAAUAUGUUAAUUUUUGUAAUGAAGAGGAACAGUUUUUCAAAUCUCAUUUUCUCUAUUGUCAUGAUAAUUUCUUUGGACAUUUUUCUGAUCUCUCCAUAACAACAACAACAACAUUCGAAUAA